AUGAACUCAUCACAGUUGACUCUACUUGAAGAGUUAAGUGAUCUAAGCGAUAUAGAGGAUCCAACUGCCGUUGAUAAACUUCUUUUUAAUUUAGAUCAGCACAUUCAUGAUGAUGUCACGCUGUCAGAUAAUUUAUUACAGGAUGAUACUGAAGCUACUGAAAGCAAUCAGAGAUCUGUGAUUAGGUCGAAUGGUGGAGUUGAUCUUUUGAUCGAUAGGGGUUGGACUUGGUUGGAAUUUUGUGGUUGCUCGUACCUUUUCAAGCAUCGAUUAGAUUAUGCAGGAUGUUCGGAAUUUGGUCAUUUUGGAUUGAGGCACUCGCUGGAUUUAUGGUUUUGCCCGCAGUUUGUGCAGAUAAGGAAACGUAGUCUGCACUCCUAUAUGUUUGUUACGGAAGCAGAACAUUUAGCACCAAUAUCUCCGUAA